GGAAAGCCACAAAGGGUGUUUUCCCCUUAAUGUUCCUAAAUAUCCCUUUAAGGAUAUUCUCCCCCAUAUAUCAAGCCCCUGGCCCCAAGAGGCAGCCUCAGCCUAGUAGGCUGGGAUCAGCAAUGGAUUUCCAGGAAGCUUCCUAAUCCUUCCAGGGUCAAGGACUCGGUGCCAGGGCCCAGAGCCCUGUUCUUCUUCCCAUUACUAACAUCAAGUGAUUUAGGGCAAAUCAGCACUAAUGUUUGAAGAGGAAUGAGAAGAUACCCUUUCAGCCCUUCUAACUUUAGAAACUCUACAUGUAGUUGAAAGGACAUAUUUUCAAACUGUGUCUGGGUCUACAAGUCUCAAUCCACAACUCUGAGAUGCUUACUUCAUUACAUCUGGAGAGGGAUCCCUCAGGAGGGUGUGCUCCGGAUUUCUUGCCUCAGGCCCAAGACUCCAACCAUUUUAUAAUGGAAUCUUUAUUUUGUGAAAGUAGCGGGGACUCAUCUCUGGAGAAGGAGUUCCUCGGGGCCCCAGUGGGGCCCUCGGUGAGCACCCCCAACAGCCAGCACUCUUCUCCCAGCCGCUCACUCAGUGCCAACUCCAUCAAGGUGGAGAUGUACAGUGAUGAGGAGUCAAGCAGACUGCUGGGGCCAGAUGAGCGGCUCCUGGAAAAGGAUGAUAGUGUGAUCGUGGAAGACUCAUUGUCGGAGCCCCUGGGCUACUGUGAUGGAAGUGGGCCAGAGCCUCACUCCCCUGGUGGCAUCCGGCUGCCCAAUGGCAAGCUCAAAUGUGAUGUCUGCGGCAUGGUCUGCAUCGGACCCAACGUGCUCAUGGUGCACAAGCGCAGCCACACGGGGGAAAGGCCCUUCCAUUGCAACCAGUGUGGUGCCUCCUUCACUCAGAAGGGGAACCUGCUGCGCCACAUCAAGCUGCACUCUGGGGAGAAGCCCUUCAAAUGUCCCUUCUGCAACUACGCCUGCCGCCGGCGUGAUGCACUCACUGGCCACCUCCGAACACACUCGGUCUCCUCUCCCACGGUGGGCAAGCCCUACAAGUGUAACUACUGCGGCCGGAGCUACAAACAGCAAAGUACCCUAGAGGAGCACAAGGAGCGCUGCCACAACUACCUGCAGAGUCUCAGCACUGAAGCCCAAGCUCUGGCUGGCCAACCAGGUGAUGAGAUACGUGACCUGGAGAUGGUGCCAGACUCUAUGCUGCACUCAUCCUCUGAGAGGCCAACUUUCAUUGAUCGUCUGGCCAACAGCCUCACCAAACGCAAACGUUCCACCCCCCAGAAGUUUGUAGGCGAGAAGCAGAUGCGCUUCAGCCUCUCGGACCUCCCCUAUGAUGUGAACUCUGGUGGCUACGAGAAGGAUGUGGAACUGGUGGCACACCAUGGCCUGGAGCCUGGCUUUGGAGGUUCUCUGGCCUUUGUGGGAGCAGAGCAUCUGCGUCCCCUCCGCCUUCCACCCACCAAUUGCAUCUCAGAACUCACGCCCGUCAUCAGCUCUGUCUACACCCAGAUGCAGCCCCUCCCUGGUCGACUGGAGCUUCCAGGGUCUCGAGAAGCAGGUGAGGGGCCCGAGGACCUGGCUGAUGGAGGUCCCCUCCUCUACCGGGCCCGAGGCCCCCUUACUGACCCUGGGGCAUCCCCCAGCAAUGGCUGUCAGGACUCCACAGAUACAGAGAGCAACCACGAAGAUCGGGUUGGGGGUGUGGUAUCCCUCCCUCAGGGUCCCCCACCCCAGCCACCUCCCACCAUUGUGGUGGGCCGGCCCAGUCCUGCCUACGCCAAAGAGGACCCCAAGCCGCAGGAGGGGUUACUGCGGGGCACCCCAGGCCCCUCCAAGGAAGUGCUUCGGGUGGUGGGCGAGAGCGGUGAGCCCGUGAAGGCCUUCAAGUGUGAGCACUGCCGCAUCCUCUUUCUGGACCAUGUCAUGUUCACAAUCCACAUGGGCUGCCAUGGCUUCAGAGACCCUUUCGAGUGCAACAUCUGUGGUUACCACAGCCAGGACCGGUACGAAUUCUCUUCCCACAUUGUCCGGGGGGAGCACAAGGUGGGCUAGCAACCCACUGCCCUCCCCUCAGUCCGCCACUCCACUGCCCCACUUACGGGAGUCUAGCCCUGUCCCCACCACAUCCCAAGGAGUUUUGCUGUGUAGCCCUCACCACUGGCUACCUGACUUCACCCUUGACCCUGACCCUUCCUCACCUGACUGAUUUAAGCAUUGUGAUGAAACAGGUCUUUUGCUUAUGUUUCUCCUUUUUCUCUUCUCCUCUCACCUCAGCAUACUCACUGAGUUAUUUAUUAACAUAAUUAGUUGAUUUUGCUUUUGCUUUUUUUUUUUUUCACUUACAUCAGUUACUUGUCACUCCCCCACCCUCCUGCCCACAGUCCCUUUCCACUUUAGACCUAAUUUUUCUCUCUUUGAUCUGGCUUCCUCCAACAGCCCUGAGGGUGGGAAGCUCCUCUUAGUACUAAGGGACCUUGGGCUUCUUGCUCUAAGUCCUCACCUUUUACAUUAUGUGAUUGUUUAGUUUCAAUGCUGAUAGCUCCCUCUGGCCCUACCUUAGCUUUGUGGCAUUAUGUCUUUUCUCUGGGACCCUUCAACCUGGUACUCCAUACCUCUUGUGCCCUCUCACUUUAGGCAGCUUGCACUAUUCUUGAACAAAUGAAGAAUUCCCUCAUUUGGAAGUAGGGGCUGAAGAAAUUCUCCCCAGUCACUGUGGGACUGAGCGUUCUCUUGACUCCCCGCUAUGAGUUCCCCAAAGCCCACAUUCAGGAUUUCCCUCUAGGAUGUGAUAUCUCUUCCCUCUCCUCGAACAACCCCCAACACUGCUCUACUGUCUUCAACUUGCCCAUCUACUCAGUGGUAGCUUUUCUCUCCUUGGAAUGCCCCAAUUUUAUAUUUUCAGGGGCCAAGGCUAGGUCUGCAGUCCUCUGUCUCUGACACGUUGGGAGCCACAGGUGCCUAAUUGGGAACCAGGGCAUGGGAAGGGGGUGGGUCAAAAAUUCUUCUCGUACUCUUCCACCUCUCAAACUUCUUCACUCUAGUGACCUUCCUAGGCUCUCAGGGGCUCCUACAGUCCCCGUCCUAUGGGAAACUAGUGGGUUGCUGCCUGGUGACAAGGGGGUAUCUCAACCCCUCAGUCAUGCUGCCUUCUUCCCCGCCCCAGCAAGAUUCACCCUUUCUUUUCUGGGCUCCUGGGCCUUGUUCUUAGGAUCAGUGGCAUGGAGAAAAGGGUGUCUCUUUUCUCUCUUCUAUUUUUCAGUAUAACCAAAAAUUACCCCAGGAUGAGCAAGGGCAUCUGUCCCUCACCCCAUUCCACUCUUGUCCCAGCAAGAAUGGGAUGGGCACAACUGAAAGGGGGUUCAUCCGUUACUGCCCUCUUCUACACUCAGCUCCCAGACCUAGGGCAGAAGGGGGCAAUCUCCUGGCUACUGCAGAGACCCCUGGCUAUUUGGGUAACCUAGUUAGUGAGAUGGGGGCAGGAGGAGAUACGGCUCCACUGCAAAUGGAGGUCUCUUUCUACAAGAGUUCUCUGCCCAAGGCCACAGCCAUCCCAUUCUCUGCUUCCUUGAGAUUCAAACCAAAGGCUGUUUUUCUAUAUUUAAA